AUGAGGAACAGAUUAUGCGUUUUAAUCGCUAUAUCCAUAUGGUUUGCUCACGGCAUCGACGUGAACAGUAUUGUCGCGGAGCUGAUAAGCUAUCCGGUCAAUCGCAUUGAGAGUUCUACCAAAAGCAAUUGUUUUGAUCCAAUUGGUCGUGCGGUAAGUUGCAGUAGAUGGUUUAUAUGUUAAAAUAGUUGGUUUAUAAGUUACAGUAGGUUAUUUAUAAGUUACGGUAGAUGGUUUAUAAGUUACAGUAGAUGACGUACGCAAAAAUGUUUUAGUAGCUAAAUUUUCCACAAAAUAGUUAAAGACUUUAGGCUUUAGAAACGCUUUAUUUGCUUAAAGUUUUACUUUUGCCAUUUUAGAUCAACAGCCCAUCUUGCACCAUCAUAUACCAAUACUGUAAUGGGACGUGGCUGAAGGCUUACAAGCUGGAUACCGACGUCAAAAACUACAUUAAUGAGACGACCUGGUGUUGGCCUGAUUACCGCGAAUAUAUGCAAAAGUUUGAAGCGGACGCACCUGAGUUUUGCAAGGUAACUUAAGUUCUAUAAGACAGUCGUGGAGGCGCUUCUACCACAUUGCUUGGUCGGAUAUAUUACAGUUUGAUGAUAAUGUAAGGUUUUUAUGGUUAUUUUAAGUAGUGUGUAUCGAUGUUUUAAAUAUUACUACAUUACAUUUAAAUGAUCUUUCUAUAUUUAUAUUUUAUAAAAAGGUAGAAGUCAAUCAGAGCGGGGCAGGUCGGGUACUUUCCUUGUUAAAAUUUUUGUAUUUUAGUAUUGCCUUUUUAUUUUGAAAAUGAUGAGAUCAAACAAAAGUUUUGAAAUUGGAUUUCUUGGUUCUCCUCAAGUAGAUUAUGCCUUAUGCGUUGGUGGCAAUUGUAUUAAUGCUGCGGUAAAAACUUUUCAACGUGUUAAGGGUGAAAUAAACGUAAGUAUUUUAAACUUUUUAAUUUGUUUGUUAAGUUUUAAAAUAUUUUUUAGGUCCAGGAGCUACCUGUUUUUCUUUUCGGACCGGCUCUGGGGGAGAGUCACCUCGAAACCCCCCCCAAUCCCUGGAUGUAGGGUUUUUUGUUUUAUUGAUUUUAGAGAUUGUUUUAUUUUCAAGAUGUUUUUUCAAAUUUGGCUUUUUCUGUUGCUUUAAUUUUGCACUUGAACAUUGUUGGGAUUUGAUUAAGGGACGAACUGCACCCAAAAAGCUAAAAAAAAUAAAAAACAAAAAUGUGCCAUUGCGUUUACAUAAGGCCGCGACAAUAUUUGUUCAAUAAAAUUUAUUUUUAAGCAAUAAAACUUAUUAUUUCUCUAUUUUAGGUAACAAAGUGUUUAAAUUAGGUUAAUAAGCAUAUAUUUUGUUAAACAUGAAUUUUUAUGUACUAAAAUAUAAUCGAGGUAUGAUAAAAUUGAAACAAUGAAAUGAAAGGUCUUUAAAAUAAAAAAAAAUAUUCAAAUUUAAGCGACACGUCGUAGCCACCAGAAAUAUGCUAAAAGGUCAACAACAACCCUCCUUGCUGUAUAUGACAAAGCUGACGAGAGAUCUGUUUCCGGUGUUUAACAUAGAUGCCAAUGGGUCGGCUGUCAUGUUGUCAGUAGAUUACGCAGCUUUUACGAAAUGUAAUCACACAUAUAUAAUUGGUUAUUUCGAUGACAAUGCGGUUGGCUUUUGUGCGACUUUGUACGCGGACGUUGAAUAUAAUGAGGAAGGAAUUGCGGAGCGUAAGGGUACAAUGUUAUAAAUGCAUCAGACUUGCGAUUGGCAUGUCUAAAAACGAACAAUUCUUUCAAUUGAGGUUUAGAGGAAUGAGGUGUCUUUCAGACAAGCUAAGCCUCCUACACGAACAGUUUGGAUUAGCUUGGUUAAUAAUUUACUUUUUUAGAUUUGGUACGUUAGACUUUUUCGAAACAUGUGGAAAGUGACUAUUACUGCCAGUUGUAUGCUUCUUUUAUCCCGGGUGUAACAGAUAUAGUAACUUGUGUGGGUUGUCGUUGUAAUGGAACACAUUGUGAUAUCGGCCCUGAUUUUAACAGGAACUAUACUGACGUUAUCGAGCAUGUAAAGGUAGGCUGGCGGUAAAAAAAUCAUACAUUGACCUUGCUUUACCUUUAUUUCUAUAACAUGUAAGCUACUCAACUAACUCUUUAUUUGAAUUGACCAGUUUUCAGAAUGGGUCGUGUUAUGACAGUGACGUGCGCUCUGUUGUAAGCACAAGGUCUGCAGUAUGUGUGGCCAAGUACGUGGUAAAACCGGGCGUUACUCAAAUAGAUCUAGCUGAUGUUUAUGCCAAGUCUAAGCUGAAUAUCGACUUUAAUCAUGAUAAGUACUGUAGAGAGCAGACGGAAGACACAAAGUGCUAUGAAACACGUCGUAUGUAAGUUUAAGUACGAGUGUUGUUGAUACCUAAUUUUACAUUGUACAAUUGAAGUUCUGUAGGGGGGAACUGUCGUGUCAAUGUUGUUGUUUCACAUCAGCUGACGAGCCAUGCAAUGACAUCCAACGGAACCGAGAGCUUCGGGAGGCAUUAGAACAUUGUGCCAAAGGAUUUGGGAAUCCAGACAUUCAGGAUCAGCUGCUUUUGCCUUAUGUAAGUCAAUAUGGGAGGAAAUGUCACUCUUUAUUAAAAAUAUUUUUUAAAAUUACAGACAGCGUUAGAAGAUUGAACUUGUACUACAAGUAUUAUUCAUUGAGUACGUUUUUAGCUAUUCUCUCCUCAGUACACGGCAUACAGUAGCAAUGUUUUGGUGGAAGAACCUACACUUGCGGCGCUUUACAAUGGGUACGAUACGGUAAUGGAUUAUAUGACGAUACGAAUUAGAGAUCGAGUUGUGCUGGACAGAGGGAUACUGUUCUACCAUAAUUCCAGUUACAGUAUGACACAGACGAGCAUGAAGUUUACGUAUCUGUGCAACUACAACGUUAACUACAUUAACUUCGGAUCUGCCAACUGUAAAUGUGCACUGGACACGACGGGACGAGCCGGGAACAGAAGUUUGGAUUGUUGUUGUCGACCUGGUGGGUAACGUCAAGUUCGUGGCUUCACAAUGUUAGAUUCUUUUGUUGCUUUGAUAAGGAAAAAAAGGGGAGGGGUGGUUUUUAGGGGGUGUGCAAAUUUUCUUUUGGUGACUUAACUUUGUGUUUUCAGAUUCGAUGGACAAGCUCUUGUUCGUUAUCAGCGGUCUUUAUCGCGAGCACGUGCCGAAAGUAUUUGAAGAAGAACUUCAACCGGCCGGGCUUGCUUACCGAGAAACCACGCCCUUGUACAAAUACCUCAUAGCCCUCCAAAAAAAGAUUUUAAAUAUGGAUUAG